GGACCGACCAUGCGGGGCGGGCGGCGCUGGCUGCUGCUGGCGGCCGCGCUGGGCUGGCUGCUGCCGGCGGGGGCGGCGGCCAGCGGCGAGUACUGCCACGGCUGGCUGGACGGGCAGGGCGGCUGGCGGGACGGCUUCCAGUGCCCCGAGCGCUUCGACGGCGGCGACGCCACCAUCUGCUGCGGCAGCUGCGCCCUCCGCUACUGCUGCUCCAGCGCCGAGGCGCGGCUCGACCAGGGCGACUGCCACAACGACCGGCGGCAGGGCGGCGGCGGCGGCGAGCCGGGCCGCCCCGGCAAGGACGGCCCCGACGGCGCGGCAGUGCCCAUCUACGUGCCGUUCCUUAUCGUUGGCUCUGUAUUUGUCGCCUUCAUCAUCUUGGGGUCGCUGGUGGCGGCUUGCUGCUGCAGAUGCCUGCGGCCCAAGCAGGAGCCCCAGCAGAGCCGAGCCCCCGGGGGCACCCGCCUGAUGGAGACGAUCCCCAUGAUCCCGAGCACCAGCACCUCCCGGGGCUCCUCGUCCCGCCAGUCGAGCACCGCCGCCAGCUCCAGCUCCAGCGCCAACUCGGGGGCCAGAGCCCCCCCGACCAGGUCCCAGACCAACUGCUGUUUGCCAGAAGGGACCAUGAAUAACGUCUACGUCAACAUGCCGACCAACUUCUCGGUGCUGAACUGCCAGCAGGCUACCCAGAUCGUGCCGCACCAGGGGCAGUACCUGCACCCCCAGUACGUGGGCUACGCCGUGCAGCACGACUCGAUGCCGCUGACCCCCGUCCCCCCCUUCCUCGAUGGUUUGCAGAGCGGCUACAGGCAGAUCCAGUCUCCCUACCCGCACACCAACAGCGAACAGAAGAUGUACCCGGCCGUGACUGUGUAGCGCCGGCGCCUUCCUCCCCCUCCCCACACGGCAGGUUUUAAUAUCUAAACUGAACGGAGGAGAAAUACUUCCUCGGAACGAAGCUCCCAGAACAUCACUUGUAAAUAAUUUUGAAAGGCUCAUGCAUGUCAGACAGUGUUUAUAAACCAUUUAUUUUCAUCGGGGUCCAUUGCCAGAAACUGUAGGAUGAUAUCUCUGAAUUAACAUUGCCAGAUACGCUCUCAUUCCAGUGCAUGAUUUACAGUGGCGAAGGAUUACGCUGAAAAUGCAUAUGUAUUUCAGAUCACUGUACUUGCGAGAUAAAUGCCGGAGCCAUUAAGUGCCCUUCAGGUAUGACAUGGUCAGAAGUAUUUGCCUAAUUAAUUCGUAGAAAGAGUUUUGUUACACUGUACGAGACCGCAGUACUUAAGAAACCUCUUUUCUCCCAGCUCCUUAAUGACAUUUCCCGUUGCUUUACAGACAAUCAUCAGUCGCAACUGAGAGCCGAACAGUGCAAUCCCUGCGUGCCGGGUGCUGGUACCAGCCCCCGUGGCUUCUUAUGCACCCCCGGUUUGGGGUGAAGUGCCAUGAAAGGCUUAGUCUUGCAAAGACCAAUUUUCCUUGUCCCUGGUAUUUAUGUAGAAAUUAGAAGAGUGUGAAUUAUUUGGCUCUUCCUUCCAGUGCACUUGAAACCCUUCUUGAUUUGCUUUUGCCUCAAGAUCAGGACGCAGUGGUGGUUUGCGCAGACUUUAUCUUUGUGAACUUUUUACUAAAAACAGGGUACGAGGCGCUUGUUCUUCCUGACGCUCAGCAAAGCUUUCGGUGCAGCUAGCAGCAUCUGAGCUGAAACCGCCGUUGCAGAGAAAGGUCGUACUGUGACUCCGAACACGCCUGAUUUAACCUCACUUGCCGUGAAACAGUAAACCCGUGUGAAUGCGCGCGAAGUUGUCGGCCCCAAACCCUGCUUGCGAUCGAGUCUGACCGUAGGAAAACGGGCUUUGUUCCCCGCCAGCCCCCUCCGAGUCCCCAGCCCUGCUCCGUUGCGGGGGGGUGGUGGUGGGGGUCACACAAAGCCGCCCCAACCUGGAUGCAGAGGGGCUGGCGAAGAUUUGAAACCCAUCCCCUUUUCUUCUUUACCUGUGGGCAGGGGACGAGGAAGGCACAGCUGUAUUUAAAAAUAAGGAAAACAACAAAAAAAUAAUCCAACCAAAGGAUGAAGGUGCUUGCAGCUCCCCGUGAUGCCACGGGGGUCAGGGAGGAGGCACGAUGCCGUGAGGGGAGGGGGACACUUUGCACUGGAGCUGCAGGCUCCGUCUUGCUUUGCUGCGUCUGGGGAAAAAUACCUCUCCAGGUUGAAGAGGCAACAGCGUUCUGGGAAUUAUCAGACCGUGCUAAUUGUAAUAUAUCACCCUGGAUGUAACAAGCUAUUUAAGGCUGGGUUUUGUCUCUUUAAAAAAACCCCCAAAACUGUAGUUUCUGCAUUUCCAUCCAUUUGUUCUUCAGCCAAAACACCGCAACAGAGGCCUGAGGGCAUAUACCAAAACUGGGCAAUUACUGUAACCAGACCAGAGCUGAUGAAAGGUUUCUUAUUGUCUGAUACUGUAUCAGUAUGUAGCAAUAACUGUGAUACUACUAUUUUUUUUGUAUGUCUGUCUGUUUUUAAAUUACACAUAGGUGUGGAAGCAGUGCCAAAUCCAAUGGCUUACUCGUAAACACGCCACACACAGGCAGUCUGCAGCGGGCAGGAAUGGUUUGACCACUGACACAGGAAAACGAAUAGGUAAUUUAUCCCGGAUCUGCUGUUCCUGGCUGCGAUCGCUCGUUCAGCGUGUAGGACCUGGGCAGAAAGAUUGGUUUACGAAACCCAGCUUCCCCUCCAGCCCGGCUGGGCGGCUCCGGCAA